UGUCAUUUUGACGCGUCCAGCGCCACUCGCACGCUUUUGUUCAAAUCUUGUUCAGUUUUUGGAAAGCAAGGAUGACUUCACAUAAUUGUGUUUUACAUUGCUAUCACAAGCUGCUGCAAGAAAGGGCAGCUCGGCAGGAUGAAGGACAACCCCAGAACGUCGUACCCCGGCAGGCUUCUCCGCCACAACAGCAAGUGCCUCCUCAGCGAAACCGUCAAGUUGAUCAUCAGAGUGCUCGUGGUCCCAUUGCACCACCGACUCGCGACCAAGUUGAUCCUCCGAUAGCCCAACGCCAGCAGGAGGCAUCCCAUCAAAAUCAGCAGCAGUCGGGCUGUGAACCUCGUAAUCCUCAUCCAGUUUCUGCGCCGCAGCAGCACGUGGCACCUACUGCCCCACCUGCUACCAUAGCACCACGUGAGGGAGAAGCACCCCAACAACGGGCUAGACCCAGCGUUAUGGUUUCUCCACCAGCAGAGCGGGUGGGCCCUUCGAAUGCCCAGCAAGUGGCUCCCGUUCCAUCACGUCAGGGAGAGCCAUCCCAACAACAGGCCAAACCGAGAGUUGUAGGCCAACAGCAGGCCAGAUCGAAUGUCCAAGUUUCUCCUACGAUUCAGGAGGAAGCAUCUCAUUCACGUGCCAAAAAGACCGAUAUAGUUUCCCCACCAGGACCAAGUCAGCAAAAGAAAUCUCAACCACACGUCAAGUCUGAACCGAUGCGUUCUGAAGUUGAAUCGACACAUAGCAUACGCAUGGUAGAGGUGGCCCAGAAACGGAACGGACAACGCCAGGAGAAGGGACCACCAAAAAAACUUACCAGGAAUGGGAUUCCUGUGGUUUUCGAGGAAUCAAGAAAAGAUACUAUGAUUGGGUUGUGGGAGCAUAUUGCUCGGAAAAUUAAGAGAGGAGUGUACGAUUUGCAGCCGGUGAAGAAGGGUCAGUGCCCCACCUGCCGCCGCAGGAUGAGUUGUGGCCUCGCUCCCCACCAGGCUAUUUGUCGUCCGGAAAUGUACACACUUGGCUGCCCCUGUGGAUAUCUGUGCUCGACAAUCGGAAGUCUUAACAGUCAUCAUGCGACUUGCGACUUCUACUUGGAGAAUUUUAAUAUUAUUAAUAUUCAGGACUGAUUAUCCCCGAAUAUAUUAACAACAUAAUCAUAAACAUAAUCAUACUUUCUUUCUUAUAUAUUUGAGAAAGAAUUUUAUGAAAAUGCAAGAAAUCUUGAUGUCAACGACUUAAUGAAAUUUAAGUGAUCUUUAUAAAAUGUAUAGGAAACUUACCACUUCACAUCAGUACAAAUUACAAGAAUUGUUCACUUUUGAAAUAAAAAAAUGCAUUCGAUU